CCGAGCCAUCUCACUCAUUUCUCAUGCUUGGAAGAUUGGGAUCUUUGAAAACCCAAUCAAACGGCUAAAAGAAAGAUUAAGCAGAUAUGAGCAGCCUUAUCUGCACUGCAUCGACUGAAUAAUACAGAGCAAGAGGAGGAGAGAGAGAGAGGCGAGAGAAAGAGAGAGCGAGAGAGCAAAACCAAAAAACAGAGCAGUAGAAAACGUUGAGCUGAAGAGCUAGCGGGACCAGCUCGCCAUCAAUGCAUUGCUCCCCACCUUCCUUCACAGCCCAAUCCUCGCUCCAUCAAACCAAAAGCUUUAAGUCAACUUGCGCCUACUCAGAACAAAAAACCUCUUUCUUUUCUGCGUCUCUGCGCAUUGGAAAGUAGAAACCAGCACACUAAAAAGCAUAAACAGCCCACCUCCCUCUCUGUUCUCUAUCUCUCUGAUUCCAUUCCAGUUUUCGAAAAAAAAAUAAAGAGGUUGCUUUUUGGGUUCAUGGUGUUGUAGUUCAUGGGUUUUUGUUAAUUUUUUAUUUAGAUUUAGAAAGUAAGUUUCUUUCUUGUUUCGGAGAGAAACAAAUUGAAUUUUCAGUUAAAACCAGUCAAUUUUGAAAGCUUUGAUACCAACUUUUUCUGUUAUUUUCCUUUUUUUCGGGUUGAAAAGUUACUGCUUUCACUCUAGAUCUGUCAGUUUUGAAGUUCAUCUGAAGUGCUUUCAGCUGAAACAAAAUUUGUGUGAUCUGCAGGUGGAGAAUUUGAAAAAAGCUGGUUGGUUUUUCUAGAGUUAGGUUUCAUGGGGAUCUGCCUGAGCGCCCGAAUCAAAGGUUCAAAAUGUGUUAGCAAUGAUGGGGACCUCAGCAGCACAAGCAGUAAGGUCUCAUCAUUUUCGGCACCUCCAACUCCUCGGAGUGAGGGCGAGAUCUUGAAGUCUCCCAAUCUGAAGAGCUUUAGUUACAAUGACCUCAAAUUGGCCACCAGGAAUUUCCGUCCUGAUAGUGUGUUGGGAGAAGGUGGAUUCGGUUCAGUUUUCAAGGGGUGGAUUGAUGAAAAUUCGUUCACUGCUGCAAAGCCCGGGAGUGGCAUAGAUUUGGCUGUGAAACGGCUUAACCAAGAAAGUUUUCAGGGUCACCGAGAGUGGUUGGCAGAAGUGAAUUAUCUAGGACAGCUCUAUCAUCCGAAUCUCGUGAAACUAAUCGGCUACUGCUUGGAGGAUGAACACCGACUUCUGGUGUACGAGUUCAUGCCCGGAGGCAGCUUGGAAAACCAUUUGUUCAGGAGAGGCUCUUAUUUCCAACCUCUUUCUUGGAACCUCCGCAUGAAGGUUGCCCUUGGUGCUGCAAAGGGGCUUGCUUUUCUUCACAGUGCUGAAACAAAAGUGAUAUACCGAGAUUUCAAGACGUCAAACAUCCUGCUUGAUUCGAACUACAAUGCAAAACUUUCCGACUUUGGUUUGGCCAAGGACGGGCCAACGGGUGAUAAAAGCCAUGUCUCUACGAGGGUCAUGGGUACCUACGGAUACGGUGCUCCAGAAUAUCUAGCCACAGGUCAUCUAACUGCCAAGAGCAACAUAUAUAGUUUCGGAGUCGUUUUAUUGGAGAUUUUAUCCGGCCAGAGAACAGUUGACAAGAAUCGGCCAUCCGGAGAGCACAAUCUGGUGGAGUGGGCUAAACCCUUCUUGGCAGACAAGGGUAAGAUCUUUCGCGUCAUUGACAACCGUCUGGAAGGUCAGUAUUCAAUGGACGGAGCUCACAAGGCGGCAACCCUUGCAGCACGAUGCAUAUCCACAGAAUCCAAGCUCAGGCCAAACAUGGACGAGGUUGUAACUGCACUCGAACAACUACAAGAUUCUAAUGCCACCGGAGGCACUCAGAGUAAUGGUCAAAGGAUGCGCAGACGAAGUGCAGACGAUGCUAGCAAAAACCAAGCGCGCAGCAGCACCAGCAGAUGAUGCCUUAAGGGCAGCUAACAAGGCAACGAAUACUGUCGCCUAUCCUCGGCCCUCUGCUUCCCCACUUUACGCUUCACAAUAGAGUCGAAGUAAAUGGAAAACGCUGCUGCAAUAUACGAAUGUUUGUCCGUGAUCGUACAGUUUAUUCCGGCUAAAUGUUAUUCAAAUUUCAGCCUUUUCUUGCCAAAUUAGGUGAGCUUGUAACGAUGCUGUAUCUUCUUAAUCACCAAAUUGUAACUUUAGCUGUUCCAUUUCCUGCAUAGCUGCAUUUUUUUUAA